AAGAAUCAAACAGUAAUGGGAAUCCAAAAAAACGACAACAAGCUCGACAAAGCUACUUUGAUAAUCUAAUGAUAGAAACAAAAAGAUUUGACUAUGUUAAACAAAUGCAACAAUGGCAACAAGAUCAAA